CUUCACAUACAUACUUCGCUUAUGACUUGCUGGCCAAGUGGGAAGGCGAUAUGAGCUCGUCUAUUGUCGGCUUUGGCAGGUUUUGAUGCUAGCACGGUCGAGCCGAAAUGCGCCAAUCCCCCCCCCCAGCAGGGCACAUGCGAAGCCCUUCAGCACUUUCGCGACCGGCGGGGUUCCAUGAGCAGCCAUUUCCUCCACGCUUCAUCAUGUCAUGCCCAUUAUUGACUACAUGUAGCUGCUAGGAGUCUCUACAGGGCUAAAAGCAGCUACACUUACUCCUCACCGGGCACCCAAAGGCUCAAUCGCUGACAAAUAUCGCGAAGUACAUGCACCCAUGACUCCACUGCAAGCCCGCACGCACACAGUCUCCGGGCACUUUCAUGCUGGUGAAACGCAAAGCACCUGACGUCCGAAAACCUCUACACGGCACAUGCUGACCGAUAAAGCGCGGUCGGGCCCCGCAGCCUAAGGCGGGCCGUAUGCCCGUGCGUAGCCAUGUGACUCCACUGUGCAACGCCAAAUUCCAAUCUGAUGCCCGGAUUACUCUAUGCGUCGCAUUUGCCGGCAUGACAACAAGUUGUUCAACAGCGCUUUGCUGCACUUUCGCGCGCAGUAAGGUUUCAGGAUAUUUAGGAGGCCGGACGCACCGGUCAAAGACGCCUGCCAUUUCCCAUACUAAUAUCAAUCCCAGCGCGCUCUCUGGCUGGCGGGGCUUGCAUACGGUCGCAUUUUUUCAGUGAACCGCUGCUCGCCCGCAAGCAACUGAACCGCGACGGUCGCGUGGCACCGCGCGGCCGCGACCGGACCAACGCCGGUCACACUGCUGCCCGACCAGCGUUAGUCAAGACAGGCGCCGGCGCCGGCAUGCAGCUGUGCGCAUCUGGCCUCGCAUGGCAGCAGCUGCAGCAUGCGCCAGACGGCGCGGCGGACGGCUACUGCGGGAGCAGCUACUGCCAACGCAACAAGCAGGUUCAAGCGCUUGGACACAACUGUCAUCACGGAGUCGGCAGUAGCAACAGUUCCUGGUGGCGGCAGGAGGUUGCGGCGCCAGCAGCAGCUGUCGCCAGCGGUACGGCAGCGGUGCCAGCGCACUGUGGCUACUACUGCAGCAGCGGCCAUGUCGUCGUGUGUGGUCCCGCCGUGAUGCCGACGCAGCAGCGCCCGGGGCAUCGCCACACCCACAGCGCCAGCCCGUGCGCCGCCGCCGCAGCAGCAGCAACUGCUGCCGCCUCUACCGUGGACGGCUACAGCAGCGGCGGUGUCCACCAUUCGGCACCGCCGGCGGCGGCGGCGCCCGCGCCCUCACUUCCGCCGCCGCCCUUGUGGAUGGCUGCUGGUGCGGCUGCCGCCUCGCCACCGCCGCCGCCCGGCGGCACGGCCCCGCCGCCCGCCGGCGGCACGGCCCCGCCGGCCUGCCCCUUCCCCUCCUCCUCCCCGCCGCCGCCCUCCUGCCCUUCCCACUCCUCGGCGCUGCUGCUGCUGCACCACCUGUUUGAGCACUACCUGCAGCAGGUGCAGCUGAGUCAGGCGCUGUGCGGGCGGCUGCAAGGCAUGAUCUUGCAGGCCGCGAGCAUCCAACUCAAGAUUGAGACCGGCAUCCGACAGCUGGAGGACAGGGCUGCGGCGGCGGAGGGCCGCCCGGCUAGGCAAACCCUGGCUGACACGUGCUGGGGAGGGCUGCACGGCAGUAGCGGCGGCGCAGAGCUCAUUCACCUGCUCCUGUUAGUUGAAGGCGGCUCCAUGGGUGGCACCAAAGGCAGCAGCAGCAGCAGCGCUGAUGCCGGCAUGUGGGAGCAGCAGUUGCAGAGACUGCAGGCCCACCAAUUCCAGCAGCUGCGGCAGCUGCAGUCGGCUGUAGCUGCUACUGCGGCGGCGGCGGCGGCUGAUGAUGAGGCUGCUACUACUGCCGGCAAGCAGGGGCGGCAGGGGCGGCGUGAGCCGCAGCAGCAGGGCGCGCCGCAAGGCACUGCCACUGCUGACGCUGCUGCUGCUGCCCGUUUUGCGCUGCUGGCAGCAUCGGCUGCUGCUGCGGCAUCCGGUGCUGACACGGCGGACGACAUCAUGACGGACUUGUUUGAUGAUGAGGACGAUCACGAGGAAGGAGGCGGCGUUGAUGAAGAGCAGGACACUGAUGAUGAUGAUGACAUUGUUGCGGAUGGCCAGGAGGGACAGCAGGCGGAGGCGGCGGAGGCCGCCUGGCACCUUCUCUCGCAUCAGCAACAGCAACAGCAGGGCAGCUUUAGCAGCUUCGGAUCCGCGCCGCCGGCGCCCUUCGGCGGCGUCGCCUGUCCCACCAUCAACUACGGAGCCGUACGCAGCGUGUCACCCCUGGGCCUGCUGCAACCGGGGUCGGCCUCAGCGGCACCCCCCGCAGUGGCGGCGGCGGCAGGUAUGCGUUCCUCAUCCACCGCGUUGGUAGGCGUGGAGGCCGGCGGCGGCGGAUUUGCGCAAGAGAUGCCCGCACCGGCGGCUGGCGCCGCCGCCGCCACCAAUGCGCCGGCUCCAGCGGAGGCGAACUCCGCCGCCGCCCCAGACGCCGCCUGGAGGGACGGCUGCAGCAGGGGCAAGUCAUCAGCGCUGGCAGAGGUGUCAGCUGCACAGGCUGGAGCCGUGGUGGUGAGUGACGCGUUGGCUGCUACUGCAGUGCAGCAGCCGGCGAUGCAGCGGCAGCAGCAGCAGCAGCUGCCGCAGCAGCAGCUGGAACAGCAGCAGCAGCAGCAGCAGCAGCUGCGGGAGCAGGAGCGCAAUAAGCUGCAGGAGCAGAUGCGGCAGCACCUGUUGCGGCAGCAGGAGGAGCAGCAGCAGCUGUUGCUGCAGCGGCAAAUGCUCUUGCAACAGCAUCAGAUGUCGCGGCAGCAGCAAGAGCUCUCUGUGCAGCAGCAGCAGCAGCAGCAGCAGCGGUUCAGCAUCUCCACAAGCAGCAGCCCUGAGGCGCCCACCGCAGCAUUACGCUCUGCCGUUGCUGCCCCCGCCGGCGCUGCCGGUGCUUCUGCUGCUGUGUCCGCAAACACCGCACCUGGCUUGCCCAACCGCAGCAAUAGCUGCUGGCUGCAGCAGCCCCAGCAGCUGCAGCAGCUGCCGCAGGCGGCUGUAGCAGUGGCUGUAACGGCGCGGCUGAGCGGGCGGGAGGUGCCAGCAGUAGUGGCGCUGCGUGGCAGCAACAGCAGCCUCCACCAAAUGGAGGGGGCUGUGGUGCCAGCAGCCAACGAUGCUGCUCUUGCCACAUAUGCUGCCACCACCACCACUGCUGCGGACUCGCCGCCAGAGCCGCAGCACGCGGCCGGUGGCGGUGGCGGCGGUGCUCCCACGUGCACGCUGCAGCAGUGGCAGCAGCAGGCCCGUGGGGGCGCUGUGGCCGCAGCGGCGGAGGGCUGGCGUGCAUACGGCGGUGGUGCCAGCACCAGCAGCAGCGGAAGCAAGCAUGCCCGCCGCCGCAGCGGUAGCUGUCAUUCCAAGCAGCAGCACCUGAAGCGCCGAGGACGCGGAGCGGCGGAGAGCACGGUGGAGCCCGAGCUAAGUCCGGAGGAGGCGAGGCGGCGGGCGCUGCUGGACGCGCCCAGGCCGCCACCGGUCAUCACGCGUAUCGUCCGCUCGGCCUCCGGCGCCACCGUCAGCACCAUCCUAGGUGCCAGCGGCGGUAGCGGCGGUGACGGUGGCGGAGGUGGAGGCAGCGGAAACAGCGGCAGUGGAGGCAGCAGCGGUGACCUCUCGGCGAUGCUGGCGAUGCCGCUAGUAAUGCUUCUGCCCUCAUCGCCCGCCGCCGCCGCGCCCAGCUGCGGCCCUCAACGCCCUGGCACCGGCGGCGGCACCGUGGGAACGAAUGGCUUUGGCGCCGAGGACGUUAGCGAGGGCGGCGGCGGCGGGGAGGUCGGGCGUGAAGCUGUGCUCAACGUGCGUGGGGGAAAGGUGCGGGUGCUGCCGCCUCUGCACCGGCCUACGGCGGAGCACCAGCAGCAGCAGGGCAUAUCGCUGCCGCGGCGCAGCCCCUUCCAACCCGCCGACAGCAGCCGCCUCGCCCCGACUACUGCUCACAUCCAGCAGUGGCAGCAGCAGUAGCAGCAGCAGUGCUAGCUGGCAGUAGUGGUAAUGGCGGUGGCGAUCUGAUGACUGCCAUUCAUACAUUUUCGGCACGGCAGUAGCGGCAGCAGGCAGUGAAUGAAGGGGCUGGAGACGGAGAGGAGCGGAGAUGACGUAUGGAUGGCUUCAUUCAUAAUCGAGAGUCACCAUUGAUCAGAGCUCAUCAUCAUGACUUGCUUGAAGCUAGGAUUGAGCGCGGGAAUGGCCUUGUGCGUGGUGACUCCUGCCAUACAUACCGGGCGGGCGGGCCCAUGGUUCUUAUCACUGCGACACGUGGUUUGAUUCAGUAGAGAGUGGAAGACUGUGCAAGGUCGUUUUGUAUUCGGUUUGGUGGAUGCGACAUGUAGGCGACUAGGCGUGCACGUGCACCAAGUAAGUCCAUACCGCCCAUGCAGCCAUGUUUCCGGAUGAAGAUGAGCGCUCGUAUCCGUGGUAGACUCGUAUCCACACCAUUAGUAUACUUGACAGUAGUCACACUUUUACGUCUACGCAACCCCGGGAAACUUUAACCCCCAAUUUCAGAUGCUUGCUUGCUCAUUUGCACGCACAGAGAAGUGGUGGCGGCACGGCACUUAAUUCGAUGGAGCGGCGUGGCUGCCUCCGGCUAAGGUGCCACUCAAAGCAUAAUGGUAGCAAUUGGCAAUCGGCAACAGUUUGUUACAGGGGCCGCCCUGAUUUGUUAUGUAGGUUCAUUGGUUCCCUUGUCGCGCCUAUUCACUGUAAGCUGAUGAGGCAAAGCAGCAGGCUGGGUCUAUCUGCACGAUGCUGCAGUGUGCGCGCUGCAGUAGUACGAUGAAAUACGCGGCUGGGUGACGCCACACGCAAUAGCAUUCAAUAGGCACUACACUUUCUACUGGCUGUUGGUCUCAGUUGGUUGCAGCAAAUUUAGCUGUUUGCACGGGAUGCUGUUAGCUGCUAUAGGGACUACGGGCGAUGAGGAACACUAUGGGCAAAGGACUUGCAGCUGCACGGCUGGAGCCAGUGUGUGUGUGUGUGUGUGUGUGUGUGUGUGUGUGUGUGUGUGUGUGUGUGUGUGUGUGCGUGCGUGUGUGUGUGUGUGUGCGUGUGCGUGUGUGUGCGUGUGUGUGUGUGUGUGUGUGUGUGUGUGUGUGUGUGUGUGUGUGUGUGUGCGGGUAAGCUGGCGCUUCUCCUAUCGGGAACCGCAAGCGCACGCAGCGGCUUCUGGAAAAUGAAGCAUUGAAGUGGUUACAGAGCAUUCAUGCACGUUGACACGGUUCGUCUCGAUAGGAUUUAUGCAUUCAAUUCUGCGAAGGAGUUAAGGGGCGUAGCGGGCCUGCGCCCGCAUUUACACGUUUCGUGGGCGCCUGGAUGGGCGCACUGCCCUCAAUUACUGGGACGGAUUGUUGCAAGUCUUUUUGAACUGUUCUGCGGAUGCGCUGGUGUUGACAGUAAUGUGGUGCGGCGUUGAGUUUGAUGCGGGUAGCUGCUCCGAGUGGGGAAGGCAGCUCGUGUGGUGUAGAGGGCAGAGAGCGUGGGCAUGGGCGUAGGGCAUGUGUUCAGGCCCCGUGCUGCUGGGGCUUGGGGUCUAGUUAGCUGCUUUGCACGGGCUUUUGCACGGUGGCUGUAUGGUCGGCCCGGUGGGGCUGUGCGGUCACGGGGGAGGUUUACACGCGCGGGCCACUCCAGUGGUUGUCGGCGCCCUGGGGGUUGCGAGGUCGGUGGCGGCACCGCUCCAAGUUCGGCCAGGGAGGUUUGGAGACGUGUCAGGUUGUUGUUGGAGUUGAGUGCUUGUACCCCUGUGGUGUUCGCAAUGAGGAGUAGCUGCAGGCCCUGCUUGCUGCUGGCAGCCUCGUCGGCCGCCCCGAGGCCAUCUAACAUGGAAUCAGGGCCAGGAUGGUGACAUGCGGACUUGCAAGUAAGGCACUGGCUGGCGGCGCCUUUGCCUUGUGGGAUAAUCAUGAAGGUAAUGGCGGGGGUGGCCUGGUGUUCUAGGAGUUCGAUCGAUGCUGUUGCCCACGCCAGUGCCUUUGUGCAGGCGUCUGGGUCAGGGUCGUCGGGGUGGGCGAGGGAAAGGCCAUCAAACGGGGCCGUGUACGCAUCAUGUGAGGCCCCGAAGAGGGAGUCAGCUGCGUGUUGGCUGUAAUAUUUAGUGGCCCGGCCCGAGCAGUUGAGUGGAGAGGCAAAGCGUUCCACCAGCCCCACUGGGCGGUCAGGGUCUGAGUGUGUCGAGGCAAGGCAGUUAUACAGCGCCAGCUUCAGGGACUCGGGGAGAGAGCGCUCACGUGCGGGGGCCGACUUGCAUGUCUUGCCUUUGCUGUCUACCCGUGUGCGGAGUAGCAGUUUAGCCAAGUCUUCCGGGAAGCCCCCUUGAGAUCGGUGCGGGCUGGUUGCGUCAUGGUGGGUAGAUAGGGCGUGUUCAUACCGAGCUUUAAGAGUCAGCAAGGUACCUAGCGUAACGGAUGCUAUGUGGCGUCCGGUAGGGCUGUAAACGUGGGCGAGGGUGCGUUCAUCAGUGUAUGUGUCUGGGAUUUGGAUUGUAUACCUUCCGGUGGGGUGGACGUCGAGGUAGGGAUUGCACGGGUUGGUGUCAAUGCGCGGGUUCUGUUUGGUGGUGCGUCGGACGUGGGACGCGGCCACGUCGGCUUGCGUCCAUCGCCCUUGCUGUUGGGUAGGUGUAAGACGGGCGUCUUUGGGCUUGGGUUGUGGCAUGGGUGUAGGGGGUUCUGCAAGUUUCCGCAAGUGUUCGGAGAUGGCAUUUGGGGCAUUUGUCUACGGGUUCGCUGGUGGGGUUCCAUUUCAUGCGCAGGAAAUGUUUGCAGCACGCUUGCCCGUAUCCCAUGUGUGCGGCAGCAGUCCCAGUAUACUUCAUGCGGGUGUAGGCCUCAGCCGCUCCUUUAACGAUGGUU